AUGACCAAUCCUUAUACUUUCUGCUGCAGAAAACAUUCACGAUCUAAUAAUGGAGAAUUGGAAGAAGACAAACCAGUUGAUGCACAGGAGGUGAAGGUAGAGAUGAAACAAAAUAUCUCAUUAUUGAACGGCAUCUCUUUAAUAGUGGGAAACAUGAUAGGUUCUGGUAUAUUCCUGUCUCCCAAAGGUGUUCUGCGGCACAGUGCCUCCUAUGGACUUUCCCUGAUUAUCUGGACUCUCGGAGGGAUUUUUUCAUUAUUUGGAGUUUUGUGUUAUGCAGAGCUAGGGACCACCAUCAUUAAGUCUGGAGCAAGCUAUGCCUACAUCUUGGAAGCCUUUGGCGGUUUUGUAGCCUUUAUUAGACUCUGGUCAUCUUUACUCAUCAUUGAGCCAACAACACAGGCUGUUAUAGCCAUUACAUUUGCUAAUUAUAUCAUUCAGCCUCUUUUCCCACACUGUGAGCCCCCAUAUGAGGCUGUCAGAUGGAUGGCAGCUGCCUGCAUUUGUGAGCUCCUUUCAUUCAUCAACUGCAUCAGUGUGAAGUGGGGAACCAGAGUACAGGAUAUUUUCACAUAUGCCAAGAUCUUGACUCUCAUCCUGGUCAUAUCUGUGGGCAUCUAUAAAAUUUGUAAAGGAGAAACAGACAAUUUUAAGGGUCCAUUUGAAGGUUCCACCAAUGACCCAGGACUUAUAGCACUAGCUCUUUACUCGGCUCUUUUUUCCUACACUGGAUGGGAUACACUGAAUUUUAUCACUGAGGAAAUGAAGAAUCCUGAAAGGAACCUACCAUUGGCCAUUGCUGCAUCCAUGCCCAUUGUCACCAUCAUUUAUUUGCUGACUAAUGUGGCUUAUUAUGUUGUCCUGGACAUGCCAGAAGUUCUGGAAAGUGAUGCUGUAGCAGUGACUUUUGGUAACAAGGUCUUCAACUAUGCUCAGUGGCUAAUUCCUAUUGCGGUAGCCAUGUCUUGUUUUAGUGGAUUAAAUUCAUCCAUCAUUGCAGCUUCCAGGCUGUUUUAUGUUGGCUCAAGAGAAGGGCAUCUCCCCUGCAGCUUAAAUAUGAUACAUGUCAACUGCUUCACCCCAGUUCCUGCUCUCCCCUUCAAUGGAUUGACAACAUUGCUUUAUCUCCUGGUGGAAGAUGUCUUUCAGCUCAUAAACUACUAUUCAUUCAGCUAUUGGCUAUUUGUUGGGCUCUCUAUUGCAGGAUUAAUAUACUUGAGAUAUUUAGAGCCCCAUAGACCAAGGCCCAUCAAACUGAACCUUUUCUUUCCAGUGGUUUAUUGCCUGUGUACUCUCUUCCUGGUGAUUAUACCUCUCUAUAGUGACACUAUUAAUUCUUUAAUUGGAAUUGGAAUUGGUUUGUCUGGAAUUCCUGCAUAUUUCGUGGGAGUGUAUUUAUCAGUUGAAAGGAGACCUCCAUGUCUCCAAAAGUUUUAUGUUUCAACAACAAAAUACAUUCAGAUUUUGUGCUACAGUUGUCUUUCAGACCUCGAUGUCCAACAGGAGAAAAGAGAUGAAAAAGCUAAAUAG